AAUGGACAGUGUUGUCAUUCUGGAAAUGUGGGAAACGGUUGCCUUUUUUUCCCGGUUCAUUUUUAAUUCUUUUUUCGUAUUUUAACCACCGAGAAUUAAAAUGGCGGAUUACUGGAAGUCACAGCCAAGGAAGUUCUGUCAGUACUGCAAGUGCUGGAUUGCGGACAAUAAGCCUAGCAUUGAGUUUCACGAGAGAGGAAAGAACCACAAAGAAAAUGUGGCUGCAAAAAUCUCUGAGAUUAAAAAGAAGAGCAUUGACAAGGCGAAGCAGGAGGAACGUAUGUCGAAGGAGUUUGCGGCGAUGGAGGACGCAGCGAUGAAGGCGUAUCAGGAAGAUCUGAAGAGAAUGGAAAGAGAAGCAGCAGGUUUACCAGUUGAAACAACAACAACACAGCCACGACCACAACCACAGGUACAACCGCAGCCCAAAAAACACCAAAAGAAAGAGAAAGUACCCAAGAUGCCCAGAGAGCAAAAAGAAGCACAAACACAAGUGCAAGUUUGGGUCGAAGGACAGACAGAGGAUGGACACACGUACUACUACAACACAAAGACUGGAGAAUCUCGGUGGGAAAAACCAGGCGGUUUCCAGGGAGGAAACUCGGCCUGUGCACAGCCUGGAGUCCCUGGACUGACUGAGAGCUCUUCAGGCUGUCCUUGGAUGGAAGCCGUCAGUCCUGAAGGUUAUACGUAUUACUACAACUCAGUGACCGGAGAGACCAGCUGGGAGAAGCCAGCAGGCUUCCCUCAGAGUGAAGCGUCUGGAUCUGGAGCAAACGAAGAGGAGGAGAGUCGGGAGGAGCCCUCAGCCUCUCAGCCAGAGCCGCCUGCAGGAGGAGAGGAGGGCUCCAGCGAGGCCCCGGCAGCAUCUCAGGAGGCUGAAGUCCCCGAACAAGCCAGCCAGCAGCCCAAAGUCCCAAAGAUCAGCUUCAGGAAAAGGAAAGCAGAAGCUGAGCCCUCAGAAAAGGAGGGAGAAGACAAAGUGAGUGAUGACGCUCCUGAAGAGGAGGCUGAGGAGGUGAAAAAAGAGGAAGAAGUCCACAGCACGACAGCUGAACCCGAGGAGAAGAAAGAGACGGCGGCACCAGUGACGACACAAGCCAAAAGGCCCAAAACUGUCAAUCCGUAUGGGGUCUGGGAGCAGAUCCAAGAAGAGGAGGAUCCUUACGCCAAGGUGGACUUACAGCUGCCGCAAGUGGAGGGAAGCACCGCCAGCGCUCCGGCCGACCUGCCGCCAGAGCCAAAACCGAAGUUCAAGGAGCGCAUCAUCACGUCCCUCGGAGAGGAAGGCGGACCUGCUUCCUUCAGGAAAAAGACACAGAACGGCAAAUCCAGGAGCCUGCGACAGAGAGACAACGACGACUGACCCAGUCACACAAAAGCAGAGGACGUUUACACAAAUCAAACUCUUUCCAGGAACUGUUUCAACAUUUUGAUGCACCAUUUUGAUUUCUGAAGCAUAUUAAGUGUAUAAGGAGUGUUUGUUGUUUGUUUGGGUUGGUUUUUUUUUACAUAAGAUCCACAAAUAUCUUUCUUUAAUAUCAUUUUCGGGGCACAUUGGCCUGAUAAACUUGAAGACAAACUAAAGAUUCUGUUUCUUUUAAAGUCCUACAAAUGUCUACCAUUGGACUCAAUCAAUGUUGUUUUCUUUUUAUAAAGGUCUGUUAUAAUUAAAGGUGAACUUUGGUAUUUUUCAACUCAGACCCUAUUUUUUUCUAUAUUUUGGUUUCCAAGAGACUCAUGGGAGAAGCCAAACAGGCUGCGACGUAACCAUUCAGUGCAUGUUCGCACUGUCAGUUUACGUCACUAAAAGUGCUUUUUUGCCACUGAAAGGCUCAGACUGUUGUUUUUAUUGUCUGACAGUGUUAAUGAAAUAUCCCUACAGAGAUACACCUUUAUAUUUAAGAGUAAAAUCAUUUUUGUUUAACCAGAAACAGCCCCGAAAUUACUGUCAGUAAAUGUGCCAGUAGCAAGUAAUUUUAGCGUGUAUAUAGACAUAAUAUUUUUACAUCUUACUGGAUGAAUUAUGGAUUUAUUUCAACCAAACCAGAGUUGGUGAUAGUUAAACAGUGAAAAGGCAAACCGAGAUGUUUUUUGUAACCUUAAUUUUUUUCCUGUCAAUGACAAAAUCAAGGUUAAUGUUAAGAAAGCCAGGUGGAUUUGAAAAUAGCAAUGUCGGGGCUGUUUCAGGUCAAAGAAAAAGGAUUUUAGUAUUCAACAAAAAGGUUCAUCUCUGUACGUUCCUUUCCAUAAUGUUGUCAGACACUUUGAAUAGUAAUCUGAGCCUGUCGGUGGCAAAAACAAGCACUUUUAGUCGACGUAAAUUGAUGCUGCAUAUUCCCCCGAGUGCUUACAUUGCAGCCUGUUGCACUGUUGUCUCACUGAAUACAAGACCAAGUUUAAAAAAUGUCUCCAUUAGUAUUAUUUUUUUUAACCAUUGUGAUGAAAAGCCAGCAAGGCGUAAUUGUGGAAAAAUCAUUGCUGUAUCUGAAUGUCACAUGUUCAUAAAGCAGUAUGGAGGGCAGUGAUUACAGGUGCCACAAUGAGAUUUCAAUAAAUGGACUUUGUCAGCAAUAUGAUUCA